AAUAAACAUUCUGCAACGGUUUUUUUGUUCCUGAACGCAGCUCUUGAAUGUCCCGUCUGCAACUUUAUUGUUCUCUCAGCAGCGGACAACGAACAGCCGUGUGACGCUGCUGCCUUUGAAAUGGCGUUCAUGUAGUUCAAUACGGCCGUUAUUUGUAGUUAUUGUGCUCGUUUUUGGUCGCUUUAGAUUUCAGUUUUCUUGUCCAGUGUAAACUUCUGGGGGCUAGCCUCUAUAUUUGGCCAUUCGGGGGUUGAUAAACCAUAAUGUGGUGAAGCAAUCUGUUUAUAAUUUACGUUGCAUAAUCAGGCCGCAGCUCCCCGCGAGCUCGCGUAGAGAUUAAACGGCUUUUGGGUGCUCGGCCUCCCGCCGCUCGACUCCGGUUUCCAAGUGAAUCCCAGUGAACAUGUGUAUCGGUAACAAGAAUCUGGAGGAAAAGUUACUAUAUUAUUGUUAAAGCAUUAAUUUUGUUAAAUAUUACCCCCUCACACCUGAAUAAGAUUUAGACAAAUUAACAUUCAAAAGGUAAUACCCACACACACUCAUCAUGGCGUCGGUGCCCGUGUACUGCUUGUGUCGCCUGCCAUACGAUGUGACACGCUUCAUGAUCGAGUGUGACAUUUGUCAAGACUGGUUCCACGGAAGCUGUGUUGGAGUGGAGGAGGACAAAGCAGCUGAGAUCGACCUGUAUCACUGCCCCAACUGUCAGGUCACCCAUGGGCCGUCUGUCAUGCGUAAACGCCGCGGCGGCAGUAAGCAGACAGACAGUUCUGCUGCAACAAGAGAUCCCAGUCGGCCUGUGAAGACGGGAAGCCCACAGUUUGUCAGGGAGCUCCGCAGCCGCACAUUCCCAAGUGCGGAUGACGUCCUGUUGAAGCCGUCCGGGGCUCAGCUGACAGUGGAGUUCCUUGAAGAACAUUCGUUCAGUGUUCCUGUCAUGGUGCUGCGGCGGGACGGCCUGGGCAUGACGCUUCCUCCAGCCUCGUUCAGCGUCACAGACGUAGAGCACUACAUCGGAGCAGACAAACAGAUCGAUGUGAUCGACGUGUCUCGUCAGUGUGACCUGAAGAUGCGGCUGGGAGACUUUGUUGAAUAUUACAACAGCCCCAACAGAGACCGAGUGCUCAACGUCAUCAGCCUGGAGUUCUCUGAGACCAGGCUCUCAAACUUGGUGGAGACUCCAAAGAUUGUGAGGAAACUGUCGUGGGUGGAAAACCUCUGGCCUGAAGAGUCGGUGUUUGAACGUCCCAACGUGCAGAAGUACUGCCUGAUGGGGGUGAAGGACAGCUACACAGACUUCCACAUCGACUUCGGGGGAACCUCAGUAUGGUACCACGUCCUCAGGGGCGAGAAAAUCUUCUACCUAAUAUCCCCGACCACAGCCAACCUGGCACUGUUUGAGCGGUGGAGCUCCUCAUCCAACCAGAACGAGAUGUUCUUUGGAGACCAAGUUGAUAUGUGUUACAAGUGUUCUGUCAAACAAGGAAACACUUUGUUCAUACCAACAGGGUGGAUUCAUGCUGUGCUGACCCCGGUGGACUGCCUCGCCUUUGGAGGAAACUUCUUGCAUAGUCUCAACAUUGACAUGCAGCUGCGGGCAUAUGAAAUAGAGAAGAGAUUAAGCACAGCAGACUUGUUCCGUUUUCCCAACUUUGAGACGGUGUGCUGGUAUGUUGGAAAGCACCUUCUUGAUACUUUCAGAGGUUUGAGAGAAAACCGCAGACAUCCUGCCACGUACCUGGUUCACGGAGCGAAGGCCUUAAACAACGCCUUCCGCGGCUGGACCCGUAAAGAGGCUUUAGCAGAUCAUGAAGUGGAGAUUCCAGAAACCAUCAACACUCAGACGCUAGUGAAGGACCUGGCCAAGGAGAUUCGUCUGGUUGAGGACAUCUUUCAGCAGAAUAUUGGUCGUACCGGACCUCAGUUCCCUGGCUCGCCGCUCUCCAAAGCGCCUCUGACCACCUCUCAGAACUCUGGACGCCCGCCUGGAAAAAAGAAAGGACCAAAGCCCAAGGAGGUGAUGGGGGGUCUGGGGCCCCCGGGAACCAAGAAGAAGAGUCAGAAGGGGCUCCUUAAAGCAGAAGCAGGAGAACUCGACCUGAUUGAGAUUCACACCAAACACACACUCAAAAAAUUUCAACCUGGCAAGUCCAAAAACAAAAACAAGUUGGAGUUGCCUUUAGAGGAGUUUGAAGGGAAGCUAAAUAAAAGCAAACUGAAACUUGUGCUGACCAAUGGAAAGAUCCAAGGUAAGAAGGAUGGCAGCAGUAACGGUGCAGGAAGAGCAGGAAAAUACAAACAUCUCGCCAUAGAGGGAUCCAGUCUGUCUGACGACUUGGAGUCUGAAGAUGAGCUGCAGAUCGAUGAGACUCCUCCUCCACGACGCAAACCAGCAGGACCCAGCAAGAAAAAGAAAACAAGCGGUCUUCCGAGGAAGCUUCCCAGAGCCAAACCUUGUUCUGACCCCAAUCGCAUAAGGGAGCCAGGAGAGGUGGACUUUGACAUUGAGGAGGAUUACACCACAGAUGAAGAGGCGCUAGCCGCCCACGGGGUGAAGGGAGGAGCGGGGGGCAUUCUGGACUUAUUGAAGGCCAGCAAGCAAGUAGCAGGCCUGGACUCUGCAGCACUCAGUGAGGAGGCCCCGGCCUCUCCCAGCACUCGGGAUGCCAUACAGGGUAUGCUGUCCAUGGCAAACCCCCCUUCCUCCUCUUCAUCCUCCUCCUCUUCAUCUCCCCUAUCCAUUUCUGGAGGCCUGACGGAGGGCUUGGGGGUAGUCAAGGAGAAGGGCGGCAGGGCCGUGUGGGUGACCGGAGGAGUGAAAAAGACGAAGAAUCCUGAGAAGAAACCGAUCAUCCAGCGGCCGGGGAAGCGGCCAAUCAAACGGCCGGCUCGCCACCUUAGUGAUGACGACAGCCCAGACGAGCAGGAGACUCUGGGAACCUGUUUUAAAGAUUCAGACUAUGUUUACCCAUCCUUGGAGUCUGAUGAGGAGGACCACGCCAACAAGGCCAAGAUGAAGCGGAAGAAAAACUGGGACGACACACCUUGGAGCCCAAAAGCCAGAGUGAUGCCCACCCUUCCCAAACAGGAGCGGCCAGCCAGGGAAGGGGCGAGAGUCGCAUCUGUAGAAACCGGUCUAGCAGCAGCUGCUGCCAAGCUGGCACAACAAGAGCAGCAGAAGCCUGCCAAGAGGAAGUACACCAAGAAGCAGCGUCCUCCUGCUCCCGUAGCUCCUCCUCCCCCCGUUCAGCCGGAGCCGGCCCCGCCCUCACCUCCUCCUGCUCCAGAGUCUGCAGCAGACUUCAGCCCAGACCGGCGGAUGGAUUACUACUCUGCCAGCCUGUUGGACCAUGAAUACACAGCGGGGCCGGGACCCUUUGGCCCCGGAGGCCCUCGAGGCAGCGGCGCCAUGGCCCCCGGUGUGUUCCUCACCUCACGCAGACCUUCACUCUCUCCUCAGAACAGCAGCUCUCACUCUGGGGCGUCUCCUGCAGGCGCAGCCAGCCAAGGCACGACAGGAGUGGGUCAAGGCAAGCGUCCAAAGAAAGGACUUGCAACGGCAAAACAGAGACUGGGAAAAAUUCUGAAAAUUCACCGUAACGGCAAACUUCUCUUGUGAGAGAUGUUGGAUGUGGCAGCAGAAGACUUUUAAAAGGGGGAAUGAAGAAAAAAAUGGCUUUUGUGAAAGUAGGUCGGAAGGAAAUAGAGAUAGUGAUCUAUAUUUUGUACUCGAGAUAAAUUUGUUUACUGUUUUCACCUGUUAACAAACCUCACUAUAUCUUGUCCUACACCAGUUACUCUGCCCAGCAAACUAGCAGCCUGUUUAUUGGCACUCCAUUUAUCCAUACGGUAUUAUUUAGAGGCACAUCUGAGACUUUAUACAAAUGGUAAAGAUGACAUACCAUUUGACAUUUCAAAAUGACACAUGGACAGUUAUUUAAACAGCGUAACAAAUUGGCAAUGGUUUUGUUUAUUAAGGCUAUUUUAGUGGCUUUACUUAUGCAAAGACAGUCUACUGUCCAUCAUGAAUUUUUAAAAGGGAAAGAAAAGCAUUUUUUAGUUAGUUAGGUUAAAAUGUAAUGUCUGUAUAGACCUCACACAGAGGUGUAGUCUUGUAUUUUUAGUCUUUUUUUUCCCCCUCAUAAAACACAUUUUUCUGUGGUAUGAUAAUUAUAGGAUACCAGUCUUUACACAGAAUAAAAUAGUUUUGCAAAAAAUGCAGUGUAUGCACACGGUCUACACCCAGGAUUCCCUGUGUAUUAAUAUUAUUUUGAGGAAUUUGUCUGUGACGUUUGUAUAACAUUUUCCUUUAUAAACUGUAGCGCUACACAUGAAGACAAAGCACUCAGCCGAUGCCAAGAGUAACAUCAUACUAUUCUAUUUAUUCUGAUGAUAUUUAUUUAACAAGACAGCAUUUAGCCAUCCCCCAGUCUGUUUUUAAUGAUUUUACCACCUCGACUUCUCGGUCCCUCCUUUAAUUAUUUACAACCACUUAUUACAUUUACACAAAUCGUAUCUAUUACUUUGUUAGAUUUUUUUUUUUUUUUUUUUACAGUUUGUUGUCAUUGUAAAUAUUUGUAAUAUUUGUAAUUUAUAUAGCUAAUUUGGAAAGCAGAAAAGUAUAAUGAGAUGAAGAGACUAGUUUCCUGCAGCAGUCUUGGGCCGGAUAUAGAGAUGUGCUUUCUUUCCACAGAAUGUACUAGUUAUAAAAAUGUUGGCAGAAAUGUAGAUUUAACUGUGUGAAAACAUUGUGAAGGUGCAGGACAUGAAUUGAUGUGUAAAUAUAUGUUGUAAUUUAAGUUCUUUUAUAGUUCAAAAACUUUGAAAUCUUUCUUAACAUAACUUGUACAUGACACAUUGCUGUAUUUGGAAAAUAUCUGAAAUAGUUCAUUUUUUUUAUAUUUGUACGCAGUAAUUGUCAUGCUUAGUUUGUCAUGUCGUCUUGUCAGUGUAAUAGCGGAAAUGUUCUGGAAAAAAAUGCCCUCGUUUAAUUUCAUUCAUUUAGUUUUAUAUUAAUUAUUGUUGAUAUUCACUCUUGUGUUGGUGUGUACUGUGUGUUUUAAACAUGACAUGUUUUAAAUCCAACCUGGAACAGAUAAAAUAUACCUUGGGCAAAAAAACAACUUUUUUCUUUGGAUUUAUUUUAGAACAAACUAAUUACCAAAUGUGUGAU